AAACUUAUAAAAUUAAAUUUGUUCUUGCAAAUAAACAAGUUUGACAACCCCCACCGCCACGUUCUCUUCUCACCGGCGCAACCCCACCCUUGAUUCACCUUCCUCCACCACCACCACCGCCACUGCCGCCGGCAGCUCCACCAUCCGUCCGUCUUCCUAUUUAUAGAUCCACGUAGUAUAUGUAAUCUAUUCUUCUGAAAUUAAUUUGUUGCGAGGAGAUAAAUUAUACCAAAAAUCAGAAUUUAAUGUAUCAGUGGAGGAAAUUCGACUUCUUCGAGGAGAAGAAGAUCAAAAUUCCGGAGGAGAUAGAGGCCGGAAUUCAAUGCUGCUCCAGCGGCCGAGGCAGGAUCGUCUUAGGUUCCCAAGACGGCACCGUUUCGCUUCUCGAUCGUACCCUCCAGCUCCACCGCUCCUUCCCCGCUCACUCCGCCUCCGUUCUCCUACUCCAACAACUCAAGCAACGGAACUUCUUAGUGACAGUUGGAGAAGAUGAACAAAUGCCGCCACAACAAGCGGCUAUAUGCCUAAAGGUUUUCGACCUUGAUAAAAGGCAAGAAGAGGAGUCGAGUUCAUCAAGUCCAGAGUGCCUCCAAAUUCUGCGGAUUUUUACCAACCAAUUUCCCGAAGCAAAGAUCACAUCUUUCGUGGUUUUCGAGGAAGCUCCACCGAUUAUAUUUAUUGCACUUGGAUUGGACAACGGUUGUAUUUAUUGCAUUCAAGGCGACAUUGCCCGUGAAAGAAUUAAACGCUUCAAGCUAGAGGUUGACAGUGGUCAGCCUGGCAAAACAAAGUCAGCUAUUACAGGGCUCGGAUUUCGUGUGGAUGGUCAAGCGUUUCAACUCUUUGCUGUCACAUCAAGUUCAGUGAGCUUGUUUAACUUGCAUGCUCAAACACCUACUGGACAAACACUUGAUCACAUUGGUUCCGAAACUGCUAGUGUAGCAAUGAGUGAUCGCUUGGAACUGAUUAUUGGUCGGCCCGAAGCUGUGUAUUUCUAUGAAGUUGAUGGCCGAGGCCCGUGUUGGGCUUUUGAGGGAGAGAAAAAGUUCCUCGGCUGGUUUCGUGGGUACCUUUUAUGUGUUAUUGCUGAUCAAAGAACUGGGAAGAAUACUUUCAACAUUUACGAUCUAAAGAACCGUUUAAUAGCCCAUAGUAUCGCAGUUCAAGAAGUUUCCCACAUGCUCUGUGAAUGGGGUACAAUCGUACUCAUAAUGGCCGACAAAUCUGCCCUUUUUAUCGUGGAGAAGGAUAUGGAGAGCAAGUUGGAUUUGCUUUUCAAGAAAAAUCUAUACACGGUAGCUAUUAAUCUUGUCCAGAGCCAGCAAGCUGAUGCUGUGGCAACUGCUGAGGUGCUGAGGAAAUACGGCGACCAUUUGUACAGCAAACAAGACUAUGACGAAGCGAUGGCUCAGUAUAUACUCACGAUCGGUCAUUUAGAACCUUCGUAUGUCAUUCAGAAGUUUUUAGAUGCACAGAGAAUUUACAAUUUAACGAAUUACUUGGAGAAGUUACACGAGAAGGGGCUUGCUUCAAAAGAUCACACCACUCUUUUGCUCAACUGUUACACGAAACUAAAAGACGUUGACAAGCUGGAUCUAUUCAUUAAAAGCGAGGAUGAACAUAAAUUCGAUGUGGAAACUGCGAUAAGGGUAUGCAGAGCUGCUAAUUACCACGAGCACGCGAUGUAUGUUGCAAAGAAGUCAGGGAAGCAUGAAUGGUACUUGAAGAUUUUACUCGAGGACUUGGAUAGGUACGAUGAGGCGUUGCAGUAUAUAAAUAGCCUCGACCCAAGUCAAGCCGGGUUGACCAUUGAAGAGUAUGGGAAGAUUCUCGUAGAGCACAAGCCGAAGGAGACAAUUCAAAUACUGAUGAGGCUUUGUACCGAAGAAGGAGAACCGGCUAAAGGUGGAACCUUUAUAACCAUGCUGCCAUCUCCUGUCGAUUUUCUCAAUAUUUUCGUGCACCAUCCACAGUCGCUUAUGGAAUUUCUCGAAAAAUACACCAACAAAGUGAAGGAUUCUCCUGCUCAAGUCGAAAUCAACAACACGCUAAUGGAGUUGUACUUGUCUCAUGACUUGGACUUCCCUUCUCUUUCACAGACUGGCAGCAAUGAAAACGGCGAUCUUGGAACGAAUAGAGGUUCAAAUGCUGCUGCAACAACUUCAAGAACAGAGAGUAAUGGAAACGUAUUUUCUGAUGAUGCAAUCGAGGAGAAAUAUCGCAAAGAGAGACGUCGAAAAGGGCUGAUCUUGCUGAAAAAUGCUUGGCCCGCCGAACAGGAGCAGCCACUGUACGAUGUCGACCUUGCGAUAAUUCUGUGUGAAAUGAACUCGUUUAAAGAAGGGCUAUUGUAUCUGUACGAGAAGAUGAAACUGUAUAAAGAGGUCAUUGCAUGUUAUAUGCAGGCGCACGAUCACGAAGGUUUAAUUGCGUGCUGCAAGAGAUUAGGGGAUUCGGGUAAGGGCGGUGACGCAUCUCUUUGGGCAGAUCUGUUGAAGUACUUUGGUGAACUUGGAGAAGAUUGCUCGAAAGAAGUCAAAGAAGUUUUGACUUACAUAGAAAGGGAUGACAUGUUGCCUCCCAUUGUAGUUCUUCAAACCUUGUCGAGAAAUCCAUGCCUUACUCUUUCUGUGAUUAAGGAUUAUAUAGCUCGAAAGCUGGAAAAGGAGUCGAAGCUGAUUGAUGAGGAUCGGAUAGCUAUUGAAAAGUAUCAGGAGGAAACAUCAGCCAUGAGAAAAGAAAUCCAAGAUCUUCGGACAAAUGCAAGAAUAUUCCAGCUCAGCAAGUGCACCGCUUGUACUUUCACUCUCGAUCUCCCCGCGGUACAUUUCAUGUGUAUGCACUCUUUUCAUCAACGGUGCCUAGGUGACAACGAGAAAGAAUGUCCAGAGUGUGCUCCCGAGUACAGAUCUGUCUUGGAAACGAAGAGAAACUUAGAACAGAACUCCAAAAACCAAGAUUACUUCUUCCAACAAGUUAGAAGUUCAAAGAAUGGCUUUUCUGUAAUUGCUGAGUAUUUUGGUAAAGGCAUCAUCAGUAAAACUACUAAAGGAUCUUCGGAAGCUAUUAAACCGACCAAUGAUUACUCAAACGGCAGCUUUUGAGAUUUUUUGUUUUCCGGCAAUAAAAGUCGAAAUGAGACAUUAAUAUAUAUAUCUCUCUAUCUUGUUAGUGCUUGAUUUGGUUUGUGAUUUCUUUCCUAUAAACGGUGUUGUAAUUUGGCCGAAAGUGCCGAUAUUACGUGUUGUAGUUUUCGGGUUUUUUUUCUUCUAAUGUAUCAUUGGAUUUGUUGUGCAUUUCUUAGGGUAUGUUUGGUUGAUUCUUUGGUGACAAUUGAAUUAUAGAAACAAGAUGAUUCUUGAAUGAA